AUGACCGUUGCAUUUGGCCUCCAAGCUCCGCCAUCUCCAUCUCCCUCUCCCGCUAUUCCUCUCUUGCAAAAGAACGCCAGAAAACGUUGGCCCCCAAUGGCAAACCGCAAUGCUCUCCCAUAUAAGCUCACUGUUAUCUCGAAAGAGAAAUUGGUCCGAGAGACUACUGCUCCCGACCCAGACCUCCGCCGCUGCGUUGGUCACUUCCGCCUACACUGUGGUUCCAUUCUAUGGACUGAGAACGAUAUGAAGUCUCGUAUCAGCUCAUUUGAGUUCGAAGACGACUCUGAAGAUGAAAACGAUAUCAUCAUCCCUCAACAGAGGAUCAUACGUCAAAAAUCAGACCUCCCACAACGUGACGCCUAUGUGGUGCAAGUUACCGAAGUUACUUGCGAUGACGCCUCAAAUCAGUCUCUCUUGGAUCAGAGCCAACAACAUGUCAUUGAGAUGACAUCAAAGAACAUGUGUUGCAUGACUGUUCCGCCUCUCGCCGGUUGA